AUGGUGAGAAUGAAGGGCUGCUCUAUUGUGAAGGCAGCUGAGCCAACACGGAAAGGAACUUUAUCUCUCUCAGAAUGGGACCAAGUUGGUAUUAUUACUCAUGUACCAACCAUCUACUUUUACCGGCCACCGGAGAACUGGAUUAGGUCACCUAAUAAGAUUUCCACCACGCUCAAAGAAUCUUUGAGUCGAGCUCUAGUGGCCUUCUAUCCUCUCGCCGGUCGCCUUCGCUGGAUUGGUGGGCGCCGUCUGGAACUCAACUGCAACAAUGCUGGAGUUCGUUUUGUCGAAUCGGAGUCCGUAAUGAAACUAGAUGACUUUGGCGAUUUCUCUCCGUCGUCAAAAUAUGAUGGCCUUAUUCCAACUGUAGACUAUGGUCUCCCGAUUCACGAACUGCCUCUAUUCAUGGCCCAAGUGACUAAGUUUGCUUGUGGAGGAAUCAGUCUCAGCUUUGUUAUUUCUCACGCUGUUGCUGAUGGACAGAGUUCCUUGCACUUCAUCUCUGAAUGGGCUGGCCUCGCCCGAGGUGAGCCGUUAAAAACUGCCCCAUUUCUCGAUCGAAAAGUCCUCCGAGCGGGAGAUCCCCCGGCUAGCCAGCCCUUUUGUUCUUACCACCACUCUGAAUUCGACAAACCGCCGCUCUUAGUUGGAAAAUCUGAUAAUGCUGAAGAGAGAAAAAAGAAAACAACUGUGACCAUACUCAGGCUAACCAACGAACAAGUUAAAACCCUUCAAUAUACGGCUAAUGAGUGUCAGAACAGUUCUUCUCGUCCAUACACUCGUUAUGAGACCUUGACCGCACAUGUUUGGAGAUGUGCCUGCAAAGCCCGGAAACUUGUUAAAGAACAGCCUACAGCUUUGGGUAUCUGCGUCGAUGCGCGUAGCCGGAUUGAACCGCGGUUGCCAACGGGCUACUUUGGCAAUGCCACAUUCGACGUGAUAGCCACAAGUACCGCUGGAGAGUUGGUCUCUAAACCGUUUAGCUUUGCAGUGAGGAGAAUAAGAGAAGCCAUUGAGAUGGUAACGAAUGAGUAUAUUUGGUCUACCAUUGAGUAUUUGAAGAAUCAAAAGGACUUGACCAAGUUUCAGAAUCUUCAUGCUCUAGGGAGUGAAGAAGGACCUUUCUAUGGGAACCCUAACAUGGGAGUGGUGAGCUGGUUAAGGCUGCCAAUGUAUGGCCUUGAUUUUGGAUGGGGAAAGGAGAUUUAUGUUGGCCCAGGGACCCAUGAUUUUGAUGGUGACUCUCUUCUGAUCUCCAAUCCCAGUGGUGAUGGAUCUCUGGUUCUCGCAUUGUGUUUGCAAGUUGAACAUAUGGAACCCUUCAAGAAGCAUUUCUACGAUGACAUAUAA